AAGUAAGCGUGAACAUAAUAAAGGCCCAAGCUAUUUGUCAUUGUCUCUGACUUUCUUUGACAGUGUCUCUUCUUCCGUUGCUUCAAUGGCGAAAGACGGACCUAACUGGGACGGUCUGCUUAAAUGGAGCCUCUCUCACUCUGAUGGUACUCGACCUACUCGCCAGUUAAGUGAGGAAGAUCGAAAAUGGUUUGCAGAGGCUAUGCAGUCGCAAACUGUAGAUGUAGUCAAGCGGUUGAAGGAGAUAACACAAGUAAUGCAGACACCUCAACAAGUUUUGGAGGCUCACCAAGUAACCUCUAAAGAUAUUGAAGGUUUGCUGGAUGAGUUGCAGGAACAUGUUGAAUCAAUUGACAUGGCUAAUGAUCUUCAUUCCGUUGGAGGCUUGGUACCUCUUCUUGGCUACCUCAAAAACUCCAAUGCUAAUAUUCGGGCUAAGUCUGCAGAUGUCAUAAGCACAAUAGUUGAGAACAACCCUCGGAGUCAAGAAUCGGUUAUGGAAGCCAAUGGUUUAGAGUCAUUGCUUUCGAACUUUACUUCAGACACCGAUAUGCAUUCUCGAACACAGGCGCUCGGUGCAAUAUCAUCUUUGAUUCGCAAUAAUCAAACUGGUAUCGCUGGUUUCCGAACUGCAAAUGGUUACACUGGUUUAAGAGAUGCUUUGGAAUCUGAUAGUGUGAGAUUUCAAAGGAAAGCUUUAAAUUUGUUGCAUUAUCUUCUACAAGAGAAUGACUCAGACUCCGAUAUUGCUAUAGAACUCGGGCUUCACCAUUUGAUGAUGCACCUCGUGGCUAGCUUCGAUGCUGAUGUAAGAGAAGCUGCUCUUCGAGGAUUGCUUGAGCUCGUGAAAGCUAGAAAAGACUGUAGUACUUGUGGUUCUAGCAUAGUGAAAGGCGAUGAGAGACUGAGACAGAUACUAAAAGAUCGGAUCAAAGCAAUCAGCUUGUUUAUGUCACAAGAAGAUCUCUCAGCUACUAAAGAGGAGAGACAGCUCUUAGAUUCACUAUGGACCACAUUCUACAACGAACCUUCUUCCUUAUAUCAUGAGUAAGCACUAAAACCGUAUUUUAUGU